GAUGGCACAAAAGAAAUAUCUUCAAGCAAAAUUAACCCAGUUUUUAAGGGAAGAUAAAAUUCAACUUUGGAAACCUCCAUAUACAGAUGAAAAUAAAGAAGUUGGUGAGGCGUUAAAGGACCUUGCUAAGAAAUACUCUGAUAAGCUAGAAUGUUGUGAAAACGAGGUGCAAAAAAUAAUAGAAGAAAUACGGUGCAAAGCCAUCGAACGUGGGACAGGAAAUGAAAAUUUUAAAACAACAGGAAUUGCUACAAUUGAGGUAUUUUUACCUCCAAGACUAAGAAAAGACAGGAAAAACUUGUUGGAGACCCGAUUGCACAUCACUGGCCGGGAACUGAGGUCCAAAAUAGCUGAAACCUUUGGAUUUCAAGAAAAUUACAUCAAAAUUGUCAUAAAUAAGAAACAGCUUCAACUAGGGAAAACCCUGCAAGAGCAAGGAGUGACCCAUAACGUGAAGGCUAUGGUGCUUGAACUAAAGCAGUCUGAAGAGGAUGCGAGAAAGAACUUUCAGGUAGAAGAAGAAGAGCAAAAUGAAGCUGAACUGAAAGAAAAAAAGAUCCAGAGGACCAAGAGAGGACUGGAAAUCCUGGCAGAGAGAGCUGAGAUGGUGGUGGAUCCGGAGACUACACCUUACUUAGACAUAGCCAACCAGACAGGCCGAUCAAUCAAGAUCCCCCCCUCGGAGAGAAAGGCCCUUAUGUUAGCUAUGGGAUAUCAUGAGAAGGGCAGAGCUUUCCUGAAAAGAAAGGAAUAUGGAAUAGCAUUGCCAUGUCUGUUGGACGCCGACAAGUACUUCUGCGAGUGCUGCAGAGAACUCCUGGACACGGUGGAUAACUACGCAGUGCUCCAGCUGGACAUAGUCUGGUGCUACUUCCGCUUGGAGCAACUGGAAUGCCUUGAUGAUGCAGAAAAAAAAUUAAACUUGGCCCAGAAAUGCUUUAAAAAUUGCUAUGGAGAAAAUCAUCAGCGAUUGGUCCACAUAAAAGGAAAUUGUGGCAAGGAGAAAGUACUGUUCUUAAGACUUUACUUGCUUCAGGGUAUCCGACACUAUCACAGUGGUAACGGUGAGGAGGCGAGCGAGUAUCUCAACAAGGCACGUCAGCUCUUCAAAGAGCUCUACAUCGACCCAUCAAAAGUUCACAACUUGCUGCAGCUGGGAUUUACAGCGCAGGAAGCCCGGCUGGGCCUGAGAGCAUGUGAUGGUAAUGUGGAUCACGCAGCUACUCACAUCACCAACCGCAGAGAGGAAUUGGCCCAGAUACGGAAAGAAGAGAAGGAGAAGAAAAGACGCCGGCUGGAGGACAUCAACUCUCUGAAAGACAUGGGCUACUCCAUACAGGCGGCCAGGCAGGCCCUUCGCCAGGCCGGCGGGGACAUGGACAUAGCCCUCAAGAUUCUUGUCAGUAAUCCCCAGAUGUGGUUAAACGAUUCAGAUCCUGAAACCAACAGCCCUCGGGAAAGCCCUUCUGAGGAAAACAUUAACCAACUGAUGUACAUGGGCUUUGAGGCGGUGGUUGCUGAAGCCGCGCUGAGAGUGUUCCGGGGAAACGUGCAGCUGGCAGCACAGACCCUGGCGCACAAUGGAGGCACUCUUCCCCCGGACCUGCAGCUCUCAGCAGAAGAUUCCUCCUCGACGCCGUCCACAUCGCCUUCCGGGUCUGCAGGUACUUCUAGUGCCUCAACAGAUGAAGACAUGGAGACGGAGGCAGUCAAUGAAAUACUGGAAGACAUUCCAGAACAUGAAGAGGAUUAUCUUGACUCAACUCUGGAAGAUGAGGAGAUUAUUAUUGCAGAGUACUUAUCCUAUGUAGAAAAUAUAAAGUCUGCCGCAAAGAAAAACUAAAUAUUGAAUAGAAAUAAGUAUUACAUUUUGGCUUAUAAAUUCUGUCAUAACGAACAGUCUAAAUAGGCUUUCUUUUUCUUUUUUAAUCUGAUUUUGCAAGAGUUAUUCCUGUUUGGAGGUGGGGCAUGCAGGGAAUCGGAAGUCUAGCUGUGGGGAGACCGCUUCCUCCGGCCUGACUCUCGCCAGCCCUUCUCCCUUUGUGCCUUCUCACCUAGAAAGGGGUUGAGGCUGGAGGCCAGAGUGGUCCCUGGGAAAGGUCUCCAGAAACGGAAGGCAUGCUAUGGCCCCGGGACCCUGCUGCUGUCCCUUCCCAUGCUUCGUCUUUGUUGUCCAGGGUGCUCACCACCCUGUUUCUAAAACUGUUUUGAGUCUUCAACCACUCCAGCCACUUGAAACACCAAUGUUUUAUGCUUAGUUAUAAUAAAAUAUGCACUUAAAAUUAAA